AUUGGCAGGAAAAAAAACAACGGAGAACACGUCAGGGAUGACGAGAAAGUGACAGGAGAAAAUCCGUCCCGGUGUUCUGGGAAUUUCUCCUACCCCGCAAACCGUCCUACCCGUUGUUCCUGAGCAUGUGCGCGCAUGCGCACAACACAUAAAGUGAAGCAAAGCGCAUCCGGCUGUGAUUUAAUUCUACCCCGUUGUCAUAUUUGCAGGAAAAUAGGUAAGCACUUCGGUGAAGUCUGCUGUCAAGUUACUGGACACGUUGUAUUUGCACAACACUUCUGAAUCCGCAGCUUCGGUGUUUUAAGGCUGUUUCGAUAUGGAGAAGAAGUGGGAAGAGAUUUACACGUUUAUUUCUGCGGGCUCCAACCCUUCAGGAUAUGACAAGGCUCAGAGGCAAAACCUCAGAAGAUAUGCCUCAAAAUUCCAACAAAAGGAUGGAGAACUCUUUGUUGGAACCAGAAGAGUAGUAAAAACCAUGGAUGAUGCCAGGAAGCUAUUUCAUGAGUUUCAUUCAUCUCCAAUUGGAGGACACACUGGCACACACAAAACGCUAAAUGCAGUGUGUUCCAGAUUUUACUGGUUUGGUAUGAUAGUUGACAUUAAAACAUGGAUUCUGGAAUGUGACCAGUGUCAAAAAGUUGGGAAACCACUGACUGCUGUGCAACCGUUGCAGUGUAUUCAGGUGUCUGAAGUGUGGGAACUUAUUGGUAUAGAUCUUACUGGACCUCUUCCUAAAACGUCAAGCGGCUUCCAGUAUAUACUUACUGCAACUGACUACUUUUCAAAAUGGGUUGAAGCUUUCCCAUUAAAAACGAAAUCUGCAUCUGAGGUAGCCAAUGAGAUGAAAAGACCAAUGACAACAUAAAAAGAGCCCUCCGAAAACUGGUGAAUGACCAGCAGAAUAACUGGGAUCUGUAUCUAGAUCCCACCCUGUUUUCACUGCGGUCAAAAUUACACACCACAACAAAAUACUCACCUUUUUUUCUGAUGUAUGGAAGAGAGGCAGUAUUUCCAUCAGAAGUGCCUGCUCAAGUGCCGAUUUCCAACAUCAUUCUGCCAGACGACAAAAGGUACAGUGACUAUGUACAGUCUGAAAGUGAAGCACAACAUGCAGUUAAAGAAACUGCGCAAGAAAACAUUGCGAAGUCACAAGACAAGCAAAAGGUUGCAUACGCCAAGCAGGUCCUGAAAAAGUACAAAAAUGUUGUGUACAAUGUAGGGGAUCAAAUUCUGCUUCUAAAUAUGAGGAAACGUGGGCGAAAAGGAGGAAGACUUGAACCGGAUUUUUCAGGUCCCUACACAAUUGAUGACAUCAGUGGAAAAUGUGUUGGACCGAAAAACGCUGAGGGAAAUACUUUAAAAAGUCUAUACAGUAUUGACCACAUUAAACCUUAUAGAACAAGCCACCCUGUCCAAGUCUCAACUCCAACUGAACCUGUUGAGAGUAGCCCAUCUUCUGAGAUGCAGCCUUGCAGUCCUCAGCAUCAUCCUGAAGCGCUGCAAAAUAACAGACCCUCUGUCAUACAGUUUGCACCAAAAAUAGCUCAGGUAAAAUCAGUCCAAGCACCAGAAGAGCUUGUACCAGUGACCCCCCAGAAACCCAGCACGCAAGAAAAAGUGAAGUGGCUUUGGGCUGCAAAAGACACCGGGCGUGUGGAGGCAGUCGUUGGGCCAUACAAAUUGUAUGACUCUUCUUUUCGCACACUGGAGGACAGUGGGUGGCUUUCUGAUGAGGUCAUUGAUGGAUACCUGCACUGCCUCAUUAGGAAACAAAAGGAACCCGUGUAUCAGUUGUCUUGCGUUGUUGCAACCUCUCUGUUUUCUGGGAAGUUUAAAUGUGUCACCAAGAUGUUGUUUCCGGCUGAGGACAUUUGGUUGUGCCCACUGAACUUCGGUGCACACUGGAUCCUUGUGGUUGUCAAACCUAAUAUAGGUUUGACAACCUAGUGUGGAAAAUGGAGACUCUGCCACACAACAAGCAGAUGGACUCCAGCAGUUGUGGAGUUUUAGUGUUGAAGUUUGCCGAACACUACCUUAUGAGUGGAGAGGUUACUAGGGUGCUGUCCACUCCAGAA